AUGGCUACUGCCACGGUCGGCACGCUCAGUGAAUUCGUCGAGCUGGAUGGUGACUGGAUUGAAUAUGUCGAGAGACUGGAGCACUUUUUCCUGGCGAAUAACAUUGUGGGGGCGGAAAGGAAAAGAUCGAUUCUCCUCAGUGCGUGCGGUGCCAAGACGUACAAGUUGAUACGCAACUUAGCAACGCCACGGAAGCCAGGCGAACUAUCAUUCAAAGAGCUGGUGAAGCUGGUGCAGGAGCAUCACAACCCCAGGCCGUCAGUGAUUGUUCAGCGCUUCAAGUUCCACACGCAUUCACGCAAAGCUGAAGUUUCAGUUGCUACAUUCGUGGCGGAGCUGAGACAGCUGUCGGAAUAUUGUGAGUUUGGACCGGUGCUUGACGACAUGCUACGGGACAGGUUAGUCUGUGGUAUCAACAAUGACAGCAUUCAGCGCCGAUUGCUAGGUGAAGUCACGCUAACUUUCAAGAAAGCGUUGGAGAUUGCUCAUGCAAUGGAAACGGCAGCUAUCAACUCUAAAGACAUUCAAGCAGCUAACGCAAGUGUACCACAGGGCACCGUUCACCGUCUGUUUAAAGACGGGAGGGGCAAGCCGAUGACGUCAGUUGAGUGUUACCGGUGUGGGGGAGCGCAUCUUGCUGAUGACUGUGGUUUUAAAGAUGCCGCUUGCCAUAACUGCCAGAAAAAGGGGCACAUAGCGAAGAAGUGCAGAGGUGCUAAAAAGCCAUGGAAAAAGGAGUGGGAGUCAAAACCCCAAAUGAAAACGCAUCAUGUGCAGAGUGAAGAGCCGGAGGAGCAGUGUUCUUUUAACAUGUUUAAUAUUGACCUGAGUGGACCCCGGGCAGACCCGAUCUGCGCAACACUGCACAUAAACGGAAAAGAGCUGACGAUGGAGGUGGACACGGGUGCCUCAGUUUCGGUGAUAAGUCAAACCACAUACUCAAGGUUGUGGGGCUCUGGGAAAGCGCCUGCUUUAAGAAAGACUAACAUCAGACUGAGACAAUACACCGGUGAGUGCAUUCCUCUACUUGGAGCUAUAGAAGUAGACGUGAUGUAUGAAGGCCAGUCUGUAACAGUGAAGCUGUUAGUGGUAGACGGGGAGGGACCUAGUCUGAUUGGAAGGGACCUCCUAAAGAAAAUCCGCCUCAAUUGGGGGGAAAUCAUGCACAUGAGAGUGGUGGGAGACAUUCUAUCAAAGCAUGCAGACGUUUUUAAGGAUGAGCUCGGCACCCUCCGCGGCACAACGGUGAAGUUAACCGUGGACCCCAACGCAAAGCCACGUUUUUGCAAACCACGCACAGUGCCAUACGCCAUGAAGGCUAAGGUGGAAGCGGAGUUGGACAGGCUGCAGCGGUCAGGUGUUAUUGAACCUGUGGAGUUCUCUGACUGGGCAGCCCCGAUUGUGCCGGUGCUGAAAGAGGAUGGUGAGGUGCGGAUAUGUGGUGAUUACAAAAUGACAAUUAACCAAACCUCACAACUUGACACUUAUCCCCUGCCACGAGUUGAGGAUUUGUUCGCCACACUGGCAGGAGGACAAACAUUUACAAAACUGGACAUGAGUCACGCGUACCAACAGCUGUUGCUGGAUGAGGACUCUAAACAAUAUGUGACCGUCAACACCCACAAGGGGCUGUUCAAGUACAACCGUCUGGUUUUCGGCGUCGCGUCCAGCCCAUCCAUUUUUCAACGCACCAUGGACAACCUCCUGCAGAACAUUCCCCAUGUUGCUGUCUACCUAGACGACAUUUUGGUGACUGCUAAAACAGAAGAGGAGCAUCUGCGGAACCUCGACCAGGUGCUAAAGAGAAUGAAGGAGGCUGGGCUGCGUUUAAAACGCAGUAAAUGUGUUUUCCAGGCUCCAAGUGUCACCUACCUGGGUCACAGGAUUUCCGCUCAGGGUCUUUCCCCCAUGACAGAGAAGGUGAGGGCGAUAAAGGAGGCUCCUUCUCCAAAGAAUGUGGCAGAGCUCAGGUCUUUCUUGGGCUUAGUAAACUAUUAUGGGAAGUUCUUGCCUGAACUCUCCACUGUGCUCGCCCCCCUGUAUCAGCUGCUACACAAAGACUGUUCCUGGAAUUGGCAACAAGCUCAAGAGACAGCUUUUCAGCAGGUAAAAGAACUGUUGCACUCAGCAACGCUACUCGUGCACUUUGACCCAGACAAAGAAGUUGUGUUAUCCUGUGAUGCAUCACCCUAUGGCGUGGGGGCGGUCCUUUCGCACUGUAUGGAGGACGGGGAUGAAAAGCCUAUUGGGUACGUGUCUCGCACUCUCACAUCAGCAGAAAAGGGUUACUCGCAGCUAGAGAAAGAGGGGCUAGCUGUAGUUUUUGCUGUGAAACGGUUCCACCAGUACCUGUAUGGUCGCCCAUUUACCAUUUUUACCGACCAUAAGCCCUUGCUGGGCCUGUUUAGUGAGACUGAGGGUAUUUCACCCAUGGCGUCAGCAAGAGUGCAGCGCUGGGCAUUAACUUUGUCAGCGUAUCAGUAUCACAUUGUGUUUAAAGCAGGAAGUGAAAAUGCAAACGCAGACGCGUUCAGCCGUCUUCCCCUCCCAGAGUCACCGAGCCAAACUAACCUUCUUCCAGAGACUGUGUUUUUGUUGGACAGGCUGUCUGACUCUCCGGUGACAGCAAAGCAAAUCAAACAGUGGACUGAAAGAGACCCGGUGCUGUCACAAGUCAAGAGAUGGCUGUUGCAGGGCUGGCCAGUAGCAGUUGGACAAGAGGAGCUCAAGCCCUAUGUCAAGCGUCAGUUGGAGCUAAGUGUGCUGGAUGGCUGUAUCCUCUGGGGCUCCAGGGUGAUUAUUCCUCCUGCAGGACGGGCUCAGAUAACGGAAGUGCUGCAUGAAGCUCACCCCGGGGUGUCGAGGAUGAAGAGCCUCGCCAGGUCGUUUGUGUGGUGGCCUGGGAUGGACGGUGCUUUGGAAGAAAAGGUAAAAGCAUGUUCACAGUGUCAAAGUAACCAGAAGAUGCCCGCACCUGCUCCUCUCCACCCAUGGGAGUGGCCGGCACGUCCGUGGUCCAGGCUCCACCUGGAUUUCGCUGGUCCGUUUAUGGGUCACAUGUUCCUGGUGCUGAUGGACGCUCAUUCUAAGUGGAUGGAAGCACACAUCAUGUCAAAUAUCACAGCCCCAGUUACCACUGACACGCUCAGAAGCAUCUUUGCCACCCACGGGUUACCAGAUACAGUUGUCAGUGACAACGGGCCCACUUUCACCAGUGAAGUUUUCAAAGAGUUUGUUGAGAAAAAUGGAAUCCGACAUAUCCUGACUGCACCGUACCAUCCUGCUUCCAACGGUUUGGCAGAACGUGCUGUUGAGACGCUGAAAGAUGGACUGCGGAAAAUGACGGGGCACACGCUGGAGACGAAGCUGGCACGUUUCUUAUUCCAGUAUCGGAUUACUCCGCACACAACCACGGGUUUGCCUCCAGCGGAGAUGUUGCUGGGGAGAAAGCCCAAAUCUCAUCUGGACCUCCUUCGCCCGGAUGUAGGAGCAAAAGUUGCCCGAUCACAGGAGAACCAAAAAGUGAGACGGGACCAACAUGCAAGAGAGCGGCUUUUACAGCAGGGGGACUGUGUGUAUGUCAAGAACUUUGCCAGUGGCUCAAAGUGGCUGCCAGGAGUUAUUCACCGCCAGUCUGGUCCAGUCUCUUUUGUGGUUGACUUGUUGGAUGGCAGGCAGGUUCGUAGGCACCAAGAUCAUGUGCGUGUCCGCACCGAUGCAGAGGAGAAGGGGUCUCAGAGUUUUUCGCACAAGGACAGUGUGAGCAGCUCUAUGGACUGUGUUGCACCUGUGUGCAUUGAUGGACUGUUGCGGCCCUCGGAUGGACUGUCUGAGCAAACUGCCUCACCUGCCCCUGCCCCAAUUCCUCCCAGUGCAGCAAACUCUGUUACCCAGUCUGUGGACUCUACUGUUGCACCGAGAAGGUCAGAGCGGCAACACAAGCCUCCAGAGAGGCUGAACUGUUAAAAAAAAAAGAAAAAAAAAAAAAAGUGUGUUAGGCCAUACAGGUUGUUGUUGCCUUAUGUGAAAAAGAAAAUUGUUGUUCAUUUCCAAAUGUUGUUGAUGUAAAAUGUUGUUGAUUGCCUGUUGUUAAAAUUGUGAAGUUGGGAUGUGAUUUAAGUUGGUUUUAGUGCAAUAUCAUUUCUGUACUUUAUAAGGGGACAUUCAUGCAAUUUCAGUUUGUUUGGUUAACCGUAUUAUAAGUGUUUACUUAAAGGGGGAGAAGUGUUAUAGACUGAACUAGUGUUGCACUCAUUUAUAUCCGGCACUCC